UGGCCAUACACAAAUCUCUACCCUUUGCUUUCCUACUCAUUUUGUUAGCCUUUCUUUCUUUCCAAGCAAUAUCAUUUGCAACAGCAGCACCAUCAUCCACACUCUCAGAAGUAGAGGCUCUCAUGAAAUGGAAAGCCAGCCUCUCAGCAUCACAAGCUCUCCAUUCAUGGUCUCUUCCUUCUGCUAAUUCUACCACCAACAUAAUCUCUCCUUGCAACUGGACCGGGAUCUCAUGCAACAUCCUUGGAAGUGUCACAGGGAUAAGCCUACCGAGUCUGGGUUUGGAAGGUAAGCUCGAUAACUUGAGUUUCCCGUCAUUUCCAAACCUCCUUCAUCUUGAUGUCAGCGGCAACACACUCAUAGGAACCAUUCCAGCCCAUCUUGAACCCCUUUACAAACUCACGUCCCUGAAUCUGUCUGCAAAUGAAAUAAUUGGAUCAAUACCUCUGGAAAUAGGGAAUCUUGUGAAUUUGAAUGAGCUUGACUUGUCCAUUAACCAUCUAGAUGGUUCCAUCCCUUCCACUCUAGGAAAUCUGACAAAGCUUUCCAUCUUGUACCUGGACCAAAAUCGAAUCUCUGGCUCCAUUCCUUCACAAAUCGGGAAUCUAGAAGCUCUGGUUGAGUUGACAUUGUCCCAAAACAAUCUGACUGGUCAGAUCCCUCCCGCUUUGGGUAAUUUGCCCAUGCUCAGAAUUUUGUUUUCAUCCAGAAAUCAAAUUUCAGGCACAAUACCUGGAGAGUUAGGGAAUCUCAAGAAUUUGGUGGAGUUGUCCCUGUACCAAAACAAUUUGACUGGUCAGAUUCCUCCUGCUUUAGGUAAUUUGAGCAACCUUACAAAAUUGUAUCUCUACGACAACCAAAUUUCUGGCUCAAUUCCACCGGAAGUAGGGAAUCUGGUUAAUCUCAAAGAGCUUGACAUGUCCACUAACCUUCUAACAGGUUCUAUCCCUUCCACUUUAGGAAACUUGUCCAUGCUCACUCUUCUUCAUCUGUUCAAAAAUCAAUUCUCUGGUUCAAUUCCACUAGAAAUAGGGAAUCUGUUUAAUCUCGAAAAGCUUGACUUGUCCAUUAACCAUUUAGAUGGUUCCAUCCCUUCCACUUUAGGAAAUCUGACAAAGCUUUCCAUCUUGUACCUGGACCAAAAUCAAAUCUCUGGCUCCAUUCCUUCACAAAUCGGGAAUCUACAAGCUCUGGUUGAGUUGACAUUGUUCCAAAACAAUCUGACUGGUCAGAUCCCUCCUGCUUUAGGUAAUUUGAGCAACCUUACAAUUUUGUAUCUCUACCACAACCAAGUUUCUGGUUCAAUUCCACCUGAAGUAGGGAAUCUGGUUAAUCUCAAAGAACUUGACAUGUCCACUAACCUUCUAACAGGUUCUAUCCCUUCCACUUUCGGAAACUUAUCUAUGUCCACUCUUCUUCAUAUGUUUGAAAAUCAAUUCUCUGGUUUUAUUCCACCUGAAGUAGGGAAUCUGGUUAAUCUCUGGGAUCUCAAGCUAUCCAGUAACUUUCUAACUGGUUCUAUCCCUUCCACUUUAGGAAAUCUGACAAAGCUUUCCAUCUUGUACCUGGACCAAAAUCAAAUCUCUGGCUCCAUUCCUUCACAAAUCGGGAAUCUACAAGCUCUGGUUGAGUUGACAUUGUUCCAAAACAAUCUGACUGGUCAGAUUCCUCCUGCUUUAGGUAAUUUGAGCAACCUUACAAAAUUGUAUCUCUACGACAACCAAAUUUCUGGCUCAAUUCCACCGGAAGUAGGGAAUCUGGUUAAUCUCAAAGAGCUUGACAUGUCCACUAACCUUCUAACAGGUUCUAUCCCUUCCACUUUAGGAAACUUGUCCAUGCUCACUCUUCUUCUUCUGACCGAAAAUCAAUUCUCUGGUUCUAUUCCUCCAGAAAUAGGGAAUCUGUUUGAUCUUGAAAAGCUUGACUUGUCCGUUAACCAUUUAAAUGGUUCCAUCCCUUCCACUUUAGGAAAUCUGACAAAGCUUUCCAUCUUGUACCUGGACCAAAAUCAAAUCUCUGGCUCCAUUCCUUCACAAAUCGGGAAUCUACAUGCUCUGGUUGAAUUGUCGUUGUUCCAAAACAAUCUGACUGGUCGGAUCCCUCCUGCUUUAGGUAAUUUGAGCAACCUUGCACUUUUGAAUCUCCACACCAACCAAGUUUCUGGUUCUAUCCCUCGUACUUUUGGAAAGUUGACCAAGCUUACUUUUUUGAAUCUCCACACCAACCAAGCUUCUGGUUCCUUGCCUCAAGAAAUGACAAACAUGACAAAUCUUUCGGAACUCUACUUGGGUAACAACAACUUUUCUGGCUACUUACCUCAGUUAUGCCAUGGGGGAUCUCUUGAAAAAUUCACUGUGCCAAACAACCAUUUCAGUGGUGAGAUUCCGAGAAGCUUCAGAAAGUGCACUAGCUUAACAAGAGUUCUACUCAACGGAAAUCAACUCACUGCAAAUGUAUCAGAAGCCUUUGGUGUAUACCCACAUCUCAUAUACAUGGACGUCAGCAACAACAUGCUGUUUGGUGAACUCUCACCAAACUGGGGAGAAAGCCAAAAAUUGACAAAGCUAACAUUCUCCGGGAACAUGAUCACCGGUAGAAUUCCUCUAGAGAUUGGGAAGCUGAAGCAGCUAGAAGUGCUUGGUCUUUCUUCGAACCAACUAAUAGGAGAGAUUCCAAAGGAAUUUGGGUGGCUGACUUCUUUGUUCAACUUGACUUUAAAUGAUAACCAGCUUUCUGGUCAGAUACCCCAAGAGAUUGGAAAACUAUCCGAUUUAGCGUUUCUUGACCUGUCAAGGAAUCAGCUAAGUGGUUCAAUACCACCUGAAAUUGGGGAUUGCUCCAAACUCCAGUAUCUAAAGUUGAGCGAAAAUGUUUUAAAUGGAAGCAUUCCUUUUCAGAUUGGUAACCUAGAAUACCUACAGAUCUUACUAGAUCUAAGUCAUAACUCCUUCAAUGGACAGAUAUCACCACAACUCGCAAAAUUGAUUAGGCUGGAAAAGUUAAACCUCUCCCAUAACAUGCUGACAGGCUCUAUUCCGCAUUCUUUUGAAGAGAUGUUCAGCUUGCAAUCCAUUGAUUUUUCAUACAAUGCUUUGGAAGGUCCUCUUCCUAGCAGCAAAGCCUUUCGGAAGGCUCCGGCAGAGGCAUUCAUAAAAAACAAAGGCUUAUGUGGUGAAGUACAAGGUUUGCGGCCUUGCAAUGCCUCUUCAAUAAGUCAUGGUGAUGCAAGGAAACGCCACAAAGUUGUGAUCCUCAUUAUUCUUCUCUUCUCAGUAUUGUUUCUUUUAUUUGCAAUCGUCGGCAUAAUUUCUUCCAUUUAUUAUCAAAGAAGAAGAAGAAUAGAGAAAGAGGUUCUUGAAAGGAGCGAAGGAAAUACAUUUUCAACAUGGAAUUAUGAUAGGAUUUCCACGUUUGAAGACAUUGCGGAGGCGACAGAGGGUUUUCAUGACAAAUACUGCAUUGGAACUGGAGGGUAUGGAAAAGUUUACAUAGCAAAUCUACCAGCAGGCCAGGUAGUAGCUAUAAAGAAACUUCACCUACUCGAAGGUGGGAAUCAAUCUGAUCAAAGAAGUUUUAGGAAUGAGAUAAAAGCAUUAACGGAAAUCCGUCAUCGCAACAUUGUGAAACUUUAUGGCUUUUGUUCCCAUGCUCGAUGCUCAUUUCUAAUCUAUGAGUACAUGGAAAGGGGAAGCUUGGCAAGCAUCCUAAGCAACGAUGAAGGAGCUACACAGUUGGACUGGACUUUGAGGGUGAAUGUUAUCAAAGGUGUGGCUCAUGCUUUAUCUUACAUGCAUCAUGAUUGUACCCUACCGAUUGUCCAUCGAGACCUAUCAAGCACCAAUGUUCUGUUGAAUUCAGAACUUGAGGCUAGUGUCUCUGACUUUGGAACUGCACGAUUGCUGAUACCCGAUUCCUCAAAUUGGACUGCACUCGCAGGCACUUGCGGAUACAUCGCUCCGGAGCUUGCAUAUACAAUGAGGGUGACUGAAAAAUGCGACGUAUAUAGCUUUGGUGUUGUGGCACUUGAAGUGAUGAUGGGAAGUCAUCCUGGGGAGCUCAUCUCCUCUUUGUCAUCAUCAAGCAGACAAGAUACACUGCUAAAAGAUAUGUUGGACCAACGUCUCUCAGAUCCGAUGGCUGAUGUUGCACAGGAAGUCUUAUUUGUGGUAUCCAUGGCUCUUGCAUGCAUUCGGCCAGAUCCAGACACUCGGCCAACCAUGCGACAUGUGGCUCAGGAGCUUUCUAUUAGAGGGCCUUCUUUCUCUCUACAGCCAUUCCAUGCAGUUACAUUACGUCAGCUGAUGGAUCUGAAGGUAUAGUUGGGUGGAUGAAAAUCACCAAGUUUGUGGACAUGUGGUGGCAUGAACAUUAUUACUGUGUGUUUGUUGUAUGAAAAUCAUCGAGCAUGGAGAAGGUGUUUUUCUUGUUAUGAUAUGUACAUAAUUCAGUGUGUAGAAUCGAUGUUUAUAGAAAUGUAGUAUUUUAGUGUUGGUGAUCGAAAUCUCUUUGUUAUAAAGUAUUUGAAAGAAUAAAGAUGUUUUCUUGUGUGA